AUGUUAAGUGAAACAGUGAUAGAAGAAGCAAUUCGAGAACUGCAGUUAUAUGGAAAAAUACCAGUCACGGGCAAAAUUGAUGCUUCUACUCAAGAACUAAUGUCUAGGAAGAGAUGUGGUUUAAAUGAUCGUCCAAUGCAAAAAUUGCUGCGAUAUCGCAGAAAUCGAAAACGAUUCGCAUUGAUGGGACCUAAAUGGGAGAAAAGUUCUCUUACUUACAGGUAA